AUGGCGGGCGAGAAACGAAGUCCAAGUGUUUUCGUUGAAACUUCAAUGGGUGGAUUUGAAGUUGAGCUGUACUGGAGACAUGCACCAAAAACUUGUAGGAACUUUGUCGAAUUGUCUGAUAGAGGRUAUUACGCUAAUUGCAAAUUCCAUCGUGUAAUAAGAAAUUUUAUGGUACAGACAGGAGAUCCCACUGGUACAGGAAGAGGUGGAGCAUCUGUUUACGGCCCAAUCUUUGAAGAUGAAAUCACACGGGAUUUAAAGCACACUGGUGCAGGGAUACUAUCAAUGGCUAAUAGUGGCCCUAAUACAAAUGGAAGUCAGUUCUUUGUCACUUUAGCACCAACACAGUGGUUAGAUGGAAAACAUACAAUUUUUGGUAGAAUCAAAAGAGGAAUGGAAGUUAUAAAGAGAAUUGGCUUGGUAGAGACAGACCCAAAAGAUAGACCCUUACAUGAUGUUUAUAUUCUUAACGCAAAGCCGUCAUAAUGAAAAGCCAUCGUCUUCACUAGUGUACUACAACGUCAUUUUAGUGAAUUGUGAGCAUUAAUGGGAAUGACUCGCACAUCUAAUGUAAUCUGGGCUUUUCAAAGAAGUUUGAGGUAGAGGAACACAACUGCAUGUACAUGUUACUCUCUGUUAAAAGGAGUAUACUGUAGCUAUACCAACCAACACUGCAGACUUGCUCAUGGCAUCCAAGCAUUUUUAUUUUGCAUGUAAAUGUAAUAGUUUUGAUUAUAAAAUUUUUCACAACUAGGCUCGACGUUUCGGUGCCAUCAGGCACCAUUUU